GAGCGUCGAGGAAAACCAAAACUGCGCUUUCGCCAAGCGCAAAGCGGCGGAAAGCUCUUGCGACACAUUUAUAUAUUUUAUUUGUCGUUAAGUUGAAAACGAUAUUUACUUUCAAUACUCAUGAAAGGAUUUUUCAACACUACUUAUUAAACGAAUCUAACUUGCGGCAUAAAACCUGUUUUAAAAGUGUCAUUGCAACAUGUAUGAAGUAGAUGACGAUAAUUUUGAGGAUGAAGAGCUGGAGGAAAUAUCUUCAGAGCUCUGGCAAGAAGCCUGCUGGAUUGUCAUCAAUGCCUACUUUGAUGAAAAGGGUUUGGUGCGGCAACAGUUGGAUUCUUUUGACGAGUUCAUCCAAAUGUCAGUCCAACGUAUUGUUGAAGACUCUCCACAGAUUGACUUACAAGCAGAAGCCCAGCACACCUCUGGAGAAAUUGAAACACCUCCUCGGUACCUUUUGAAAUUUGAGCAAAUUUAUUUGUCAAAGCCAACUCACUGGGAAAAAGAUGGUGCUCCCUCUCCCAUGAUGCCUAAUGAAGCUAGGUUAAGAAAUUUGACAUAUUCUGCCCCUCUGUAUGUGGAUAUCACUAAAACAAUUGUAAAAGAAGGAGAAGAACCUAUAGAAACUCAACAUCAGAAGACGUUUAUUGGCAAAAUUCCCAUUAUGCUCCGGUCUACUUAUUGCUUACUGAAUGGUCUGACUGAUCGUGAUUUGACUGAAUUGAAUGAAUGUCCUCUUGAUCCUGGUGGCUAUUUCAUUAUUAACGGUUCUGAGAAGGUUCUUAUUGCCCAAGAGAAAAUGGCAACCAACACUGUCUAUGUGUUUUCUAUGAAAGAUGGAAAGUUUGCAUACAAAUGUGAAAUUCGUUCAUGUUUAGAACACUCCUCUCGACCCACAUCAACAUUGUGGGUCAAUAUGAUGGCACGAGGUGGACAGAGCAUCAAGAAGUCAGCCAUUGGGCAACGUAUCAUUGCUAUUUUGCCAUACAUCAAGCAAGAAAUUCCAAUCAUGAUUGUCUUUCGUGCUCUUGGGUUUGUUGCUGAUCGUGAUAUCUUGGAGCAUAUUAUUUAUGAUUUUGAUGAUCCAGAAAUGAUGGAAAUGGUCAAACCAUCUUUGGAUGAAGCUUUUGUAAUUCAGGAACAAAAUGUUGCAUUAAAUUUUAUUGGUGCUCGUGGUGCCAGACCUGGUGUUACAAAAGAAAAACGUAUCAAGUAUGCCAAAGAAAUUUUACAGAAAGAAAUGUUGCCUCAUGUGGGUGUAUCCGAUUUCUGUGAAACAAAGAAAGCCUAUUUCCUAGGGUACAUGGUACAUCGGCUACUCCUCGCUGCUCUUGGGCGUCGUGAAUUGGAUGACAGAGAUCACUAUGGAAACAAGCGCCUUGAUUUGGCUGGUCCCCUCCUGGCUUUCCUCUUCCGAGCGCUCUUCAAAAACCUUAUGAAAGAAGUAAGAAUGUAUGCCCAAAAGUUCAUUGAUCGAGGAAAAGAUUUUAAUCUAGAACUGGCAAUUAAAACAAAAAUCAUAACUGACGGGCUAAGAUACUCUCUGGCUACUGGAAACUGGGGUGACCAGAAAAAAGCUCAUCUUGCCAGGGCAGGUGUCUCUCAGGUGUUAAACAGACUGACUUUUGCGUCAACUCUUUCACAUCUCCGCCGUGUAAAUUCUCCUAUUGGUCGUGAUGGCAAACUUGCCAAACCUCGUCAGCUUCACAAUACUCUUUGGGGAAUGGUGUGUCCUGCGGAAACACCAGAAGGUGCUGCUGUAGGUCUUGUCAAAAAUUUGGCUCUUAUGGCUUACAUUUCUGUUGGAUCUCAACCAUCUCCAAUUUUGGAGUUCUUGGAGGAGUGGAGUAUGGAAAAUUUGGAAGAAAUUGCUCCUUCAGCUAUUGCUGAUGCCACCAAAAUAUUUGUAAAUGGUUGUUGGGUUGGUAUUCACAGAGAUCCAGAACAGCUCAUGGCAACUCUCAGAAAGCUUAGACGUCAGAUGGACAUCAUUGUAUCUGAAGUAUCUAUGAUCAGAGAUAUCAGAGAUCGUGAAAUCCGUAUCUACACUGAUGCAGGACGCAUUUGUAGGCCUCUGCUGAUUGUAGAAAAUGGUCAACUUUUAUUGAAAAAGAGAAACAUUGAUCAGCUGAAGGAGAGAGAUUACAACAAUUAUGGCUGGCAGAUGCUGGUUGCAAGUGGAGUGGUAGAAUACAUUGACACACUAGAAGAAGAAACUGUUAUGAUAGCAAUGUCUCCAGAUGACUUGCGACAGGACAAAGAAUAUGCAUACUGCACAACAUAUACGCAUUGUGAAAUUCAUCCCGCCAUGAUCUUAGGAGUUUGUGCAUCCAUCAUUCCCUUCCCUGAUCACAACCAGAGCCCUCGUAAUACUUAUCAGAGUGCUAUGGGUAAGCAAGCCAUGGGUGUUUAUAUUACAAAUUACCAUGUCCGGAUGGACACUCUUGCCCAUGUGCUUUAUUAUCCCCACAAACCUUUGGUGACAACACGCUCCAUGGAGUAUUUACGUUUCCGAGAACUUCCUGCUGGCAUCAACUCAAUUGUAGCAAUUUUGUGUUACACUGGUUAUAAUCAGGAAGACAGUGUUAUUCUGAAUGCCACCGCUGUUGAAAGAGGCUUUUUCCGGUCUGUCUUUUAUCGUUCAUACAAAGAUGCUGAAUCGAAAAGGAUAGGAGACCAGGAAGAGCAGUUUGAAAAACCCAACCGGAACAAUUGCCAAGGUAUGAGAAAUGCCAUCUAUGAUAAAUUGGAUGAUGAUGGUAUUAUUGCACCAGGCUUGCGUGUAUCAGGAGAUGAUGUAGUUAUUGGGAAGACAAUUACUCUUCCUGAAACUGAUGAUGAUCUGGAUGGUACCACACGCCGUCACACAAAGCGAGAUGCAAGCACUUUUCUACGUAAUAGUGAAACUGGUAUUGUUGACCAGGUCAUGCUCACAUUAAAUUCUGAAGGCUACAAAUUCUGUAAAAUAAGAGUGAGGUCAGUUCGUAUUCCUCAAAUUGGUGACAAAUUUGCCUCUCGGCAUGGACAGAAAGGUACAUGUGGAGUGCAGUACCGUCAAGAGGACAUGCCAUUUACUUGUGAAGGACUCACUCCAGACAUUAUAAUUAAUCCCCAUGCCAUUCCCUCAAGAAUGACAAUUGGCCAUUUGAUUGAAUGUUUGCAGGGCAAGGUCUCUUCUAACAAGGGUGAAAUUGGUGAUGCUACUCCUUUCAAUGAUGCUGUAAAUGUACAAAAAAUUUCUCAACUUCUUCAAGACUAUGGUUAUCAUCUGAGAGGUAAUGAAGUUAUGUACAAUGGACACACUGGACGUAAAAUCAAUGCCCAGGUCUUUUUGGGACCCACAUAUUACCAACGUCUUAAACACAUGGUGGAUGACAAGAUUCACUCGAGGGCACGUGGACCUGUCCAAAUCUUAGUCCGUCAGCCUAUGGAGGGCAGAGCUCGUGAUGGUGGGCUUCGUUUUGGUGAGAUGGAGCGAGAUUGUCAAAUUGCCCAUGGUGCAGCUCAGUUCCUGAGGGAACGUUUGUUUGAGGUCUCUGAUCCAUACCGCAUUCAUGUCUGCAAUUUCUGUGGUUUAAUAGCAAUAGCAAAUCUUCGGAACAAUACUUUCGAGUGCAAAGGAUGCAAAAACAAAACACAGAUAUCUCAAGUACGCUUACCAUAUGCAGCAAAAUUAUUAUUCCAAGAACUGAUGUCCAUGAAUAUUGCCCCUAGACUUAUGGUCACGUAAAUGUAGACAUUUUUAAUUUUUUUUCACUCUGUUUGGAUUUGUUUUUUCCAGCCUAGUGACAGAAAUAUAUCUGGAUCCUAGUGUAAAUAGCUAUUGAGAAUUUCAUUGUUAGUUUUGCAAUGUCCCCUCUUUUUGAGGAACUAUGUUGUACAGAGUUUUUUUAAUUUAAAUAAAUUAGUUGUAAGGCA